AUGAGUGAACACCCAUCGCCAGUUUUUAUGCAGGGGGAGGAAAUCAAAGAUGAUGACUUGAGUGUCUACAGUGCAGCUGCCUCUUCAUGCGAUGGCCCACAGCUCCCCCCUUUUGUUCAUUUCAACCGCUCUCACCUGCCUUCCGACCUACCCAGGAGCUUCCUUGAGGCGCAUGCAGCUUUUUGCCUGAAAGAUGGAGAAGCCCCUCACGUUCCAGAUUACCUCUGGACUGUCGGAGAGUCACCACGCAGUCAAAUGACGCUUUGUAGGAGUUCUACUGAACAAGCAGAAGAGCGAGCCGAAAGUACUCCCUCGAGUGCAUCCCAGUUUGAGAACGAAGCUCCGAGUGGUGGCAGUCAUGUAUGCACUUGGAAGCAGAAGCAUUUGCAGUUCAGGGCUCUCCGCCGAGCUGUCGAGUUUUUGAAACAAGAAAAGCAGUUGAAGUUUAACACAUACACAAGCUCUCCGCUUCAUUACCUUUUGCACUUGACUAACGGCGAAGGCGUUCCGUCAAACACCAGCAAAGACAGGGAGGCUUGCGGGGGAUCAGGGACCGUGGAUGAUAUUCACGGGGGGGCAAGUUCUUCUGAGUUUGUGGCCUCAGCAGAUAUCUCUUCACCGAAUAUUCCAUUUUCUGCUAUUCGCGCGGCAGGUGAUUUGGCUUGUGCAGUAAAGACUACUCCGCAGUCCAGGGAAGGCGUCGGGAAGCGCAAAGAAAUUCCGGGAUUGGCCAACCCAUUGUUGGAUGCAGUAAAAGAUGAUUCAGGCUCUCUUUCUAGCUCGGCGAGCACUGGCGAGCCUAGCGAAAGCCACAAGAAUUCCGUUUGUGAAGUGCAGGGCUCUAAGAAGAGGCGGGGGUUAAAUACAGCAGCAAUGCGUCAUAAAAAUAUUGAAAAUAUCUCCAGAGAGUGUGCGGGAAACGCACUCUGUGUUUCCCAAGCAGCUUGUGGCUCAUGCACCACCCCGAACUGCAGCAAGGAUCAUGAUAUUGCAGCGUUCAUGAAGAACCGACCUGACGAUUUGAAGGGGGAAUGCAUCUAUUUCUUGCGUUACGGCAUUUGCCCAUACGGCUGCUGUUGCCGGUUUGGUAGUUCUCACUUGGAUCCAUCUGGUAUCAAUCUUCUCCGCAGCGGGAGCCCAGUCACCCUUUCUGAUUUACAAGACUACAAGCAGAUGCGCAAUCGUCAGGAGCUGAACGUGUUCGACCAUCAGUCCAAACUGUCCAUAGGAUCAAAGCGCCGACGAUACAGGUUUGCCCACAGCCAAAAUGGCGCUGCAAGUGCAUCAGCACCACGUACUGGGGAAAGCAGUGCAGGAGGGCCCCAUAUCUCUUUAAAAGAUCAUUUAGAGUGUCCUGCGCAUCCUUUGGAGCACGAAGAAUCCGACGGGGCCAGAGGGCCCCAAGGAGUUGAAGGGUUGUUACCAUCGGUGCUCCGUCUAGGCGCGGUGGCCGGAGGAGAUGAAGAUGUUGGGGCAGAAGAGCGUCGGCUCCGAUUUGCAGCACAAGCCAGAGGCAAAAUUUUUCUCGCACCGUUAACAACAGUUGGAAAUUUACCAUUUAGGAGGCUUUGCACACGCCUCGGUGCUGACGUUACAGUUAGCGAGAUGGCUGUAGCUAACUCCAUUGCAGAGGGGAAGCCCUCCGAGUUGUGCUUAUUGCGGUGCGGCCAGAUCAUCCGGAACCGACACAUUAUGUGCGACUUUAUCGAUUUAAAUAUUGCCUGCCCCCUGGACCAACUGCACAGGAAAUUUAGGGCCGGGUCUUGCAUGCUAGAAAGGCCAGCGGUGGUCGAAUCAGUCGUAAAGUCCUUGAUAGAGGCGUGCCCAUCAGUUCCUGUGACCAUGAAGGUCCGUACGGCUCACUACGGGAAGAAGCAUCAGCUCCACACAGUAAUUGAAAGACUUUCGAAAUCAGGUGUAGCUGCAAUAUUUGCUCAUGGCCGCACGGCACAGCAACGCUAUUCCAAGGCUGCAGACUGGAGUUAUCUCACGAGUUGCAAGAAACUUAUGCCGGAAGACGUAUUGCUGAUUGGAUGUGGGGAUAUUCUUAGUAACGAUGAAUUUCGCUUCCGGGAGCAAACAUCAGGACUAGAUGCACUGAUGAUCGGAAGAGGUGCCCUUAUUAAACCGUGGAUAUUCACCGAGAUCAAGGAACAACGGCUGUGGGAUAUCUCCGCCUGUGAACGACUAGAGUUUAUUAAGGAGUUUGUUAAUAACGGCCUAGAACAUUGGGGCAGUGACCGGCGAGGCGUUGCGACGACUAGAAGGUUCCUGCUGGAGUUCCUGUCAUUCACGCACCGUUAUAUCCCGCCUCCAUUUCUGGAGCUGCAACCGCAGCUUAUUCACUGGCGUCCGAGUCCCUUCAAAGGGAGAUCAGACCUUGAAGUCAAGCUAUCAAGCUCCAACCCACAGGACUGGGUUGACAUAUCUUCUAUGUUCCUGGGGCCUCCACCUGUGGGAUUCACGUUCGUCCCUAAGCACGCCUCCAAUGCAUACUAUGUUGCUGACUUUUGA